CUCCACACAACAUUAGGUUUAGGUUAUGUCUUUUGUUUUGAUUAUAUUUUAAUCUUGGACUUUCUUUUCCCUUUUAGAAACGGAUUAGUUUAUCACUGAAACCGAGUAUUAAAAUAAUGAAAAUGAGUAACUGAAAUUAUUGAUAUUAUCUAAGAAUAACAACUGCCAAAAUGGAUAAACAGGAGGUGAUAUGGCUUAUAAAUACUGAAUUAGAUAAAACUCAAGAUCAACACAUUCGAGAUAUGUUAACAGAUAUAAAAGCCAGUUGUUACUCACCGUUAACAAAUAUUGAUUUAGGGUAUUUCCUCGGCAAAUAUGAAAAUAUUUUUGAAUGUUCUCUAACCUUUCUAAAAAAAAUGGCUUUAUUAACCAAAAACACUAAUAAACUAAUUAAUGACAUUUCUAGUUAUAUUUCAAAAUAUUCCCAAGAUACAAAGUAUCAAGGCAAAUUGAUCAAACUCCUAAAUAUUCUUAUUAAUAUUUAUCCAAAACAAGAUGAAUGUCUCUUGUGCAUAGAGUCCAAGGUUGUAACCCACAUCCUAUUAACAGCCCUGGCUUCGCAAGAAACUAAGACUGUGGCGUAUGAAACAUUAAUUUCUUAUAUAAAAUUACUUGAAGACGUUGAAUUAGUGGAUUGUAUUAGCAACAUAUAUGAAUUCUGUUGUGAACAAAAUAAUUUAGAUAUUUUUUGUGCGUUAAUAAGUCAAAUACCAACAAGAUUAUUUUACAGUGAUAACGUUUGUUUUAAGCAACAAACAUUUUGGAAUCACAUAGAGUUUUGUAUAUCGGGCCUCGAGCAUCACUUAAAAAGACAGGCAGAGUAUAUUUUGGCGAAAUAUGUAGAGAAUUAUACCCAAGCAUUAUACCAUAGUAAUGCCCUUUUUACUUGUAAAAAUUUUGAGAAAACGUGGCAAGUAUUUUUUAUGUUACUUGAUAUAGGCAAAGAGAAACAGCUUCAUUUAGUAAGCCCAGGCCUAAAGCAUUUAAAGCAUAUUUUUAAUUUACCAUUUAUUUGGCAAAAAUGUAUUUUCAAGAUGUAUCUGUGUCACUCGCAGAGUAGCAUAGUAUACAAGGUAGCUAUUGAACUCUUGAAAGAGAAUUAUUUUACAAAUCAUCUACAGGAAAUAAUACAUAUGAUAUUUGUGGCAAUCAAUAAAAAUGAAUACAACAAAUUAUCAUGUGAAACAUUUCAGCAACUGCAUCAGUUUUGCUUAAAGUUAGACAAUAUAGAGUUGAAAAUUGUUGUGGAAGAAAUAGUAAAAAUUUCUUGGAAUCCCGAGAGUUUUUUCCAGAUUCUUCAGAGUGUUUUAACGCCAGAAAAUGCUGAUAAGGUAUUAAUUGAAGAUAUGUUAAAAUGCACUUUACAAUUGCCUCAUAUAUAUAUUAGAUCCGAAUGUGUCAAAUAUUUAAUAAAAGUAGGCUGGGAUGGAAAUGAUUUUAACCAAUUAGCUCAAAUGGUGUCCGUGUGUAAAAUAGAUCUAGAAAGUCGUCUCGAUAUAACCGAAUUUUCAUACAACGAGGAAAGGUUAAUUGAGUCUAUACUAGCAAAUGUAGCUGAAGGUAAAUAUAUUCAUUUAGGAUUGAGAAUUUUGAAAUGUCUCAGAAAGAAAGUGUGGAAAAUAUUUGAUGGCAAGUUAGAAAGUAUAGAUCCUGAUGCUGCACUUUGCAUUUGGUAUGAGAAGAUAACUUCCAAUAGAGAAUUGAUAUCCAGUGAUAACAUAGAAGAGAAAAGUAAAAUUACAAAUUUUUUGUUGAAAUAUUUCAAAAUGAAUUUAUGUGAGGAAUUUUUGUGUGUAUAUUUGAAAUUAAUUUAUAUAUCCCCGAUUUGGUCUAACAAUAUAUCUAAUAUUAGAGAAGAAAUAAUUGGAAAACCCUUAUUAUCACCCAACGAUCAUACCAUUCUUCAGCAAGCAGUGGCUUUAUCAUUAACUCGCAGAUUUAAUGACAUAGAUGUUUUAUUUUCGUGUUCUCGAGGAGUUCCUAUGGCAACUAUAAAAUACAAACCGGAUUCCUCAAUAGAUUUAUACGCUAAACACGCUAUAAUGUCAAGAAUAUUUGCUGUUUUAAUUUUCGAAAAGAUGAAAACUCAGAAGAUCGAACCUCUUUUACUAGAAGAGUUGGUACUCCUUUUGCUAGAUUUUCAAACAAAUAAUAAAGACAUGCUACAAAUAUAUCAAAUUGUACAAGACAUACCAUUAAAAUACACUGGAUUAAUUGACUGCCUAUAUAAUCAUCUUGCAAAACUAAAAAAAGACCAAUAUUUUAGGCAUAUUUUAAUCACAUUUAUUUCAAUUUUACUCACCUGCAAAAACGCCAAAAAAAGUAAGAAUUUUAACUUCAUUACUAAUGAUUUGCUAAAGUUUGCUGAGAUUCAUCCUUCAGUUCGGUUUCACUUUAUAAAUUGCAUUCCUAAACACUCACUAGAUCUAUAUUUAUCUAUUUUGGUGGAUCUCUAUCUUCAAGGAGUGGUUGUUACCAAAGAUGAAAAAACCGAAUAUAAUCUUUGUCAAAUUUUGGUCAAAAAUGAGCUAUCUGUUAAAGGUUUAAGUUUUUCAAAUCCAAACUUAGUAGCUUCAUCAGCUACUCUAUUAGCAAUUGAAAAGCUGGUACAUAUCUCUCAGAACGAAUGUCAAAUUGUAGUAAAUCAUCUAAUAGAAAGAUACAUGAAACAUUUUAAAAAGAGAUAUUUUCCAGACUCGAAGGUGCAUUAUGAAAAACUACGUAUUGUUCAAAUGAUUUUGUUGUUGUUAUCUCAUCCACAUAACAGAACAAAUACCGAAUUGUGCGAAAGAUUAAAAUCAUUUUCUUAUUACUGCCUUUACGAAGAAACUAAUCAGAAUUGUGUAAGGCAACUUUUAUCAUGGAUCUUAGUAGUAGCAGCUUCUAAGAGUUUGUCAGAAGUUUUAGAUCGUAUGCAGUGUUCUGCAGUUCCGGUGUCUACUUUAAUAAAUAUAAUUCCAGCUCUAUAUCACUUGGUUCAACAGAGUGAUGAAAGUAUUCUGGAGCGGGUUAUUUCUAUGACUUUGCCAUGGACUAUGGGAUCUCAAUUUCGAUUGCGAGUCUAUGCUCAGGAAUUAAUUCGAAAAAUCCUAGAGGACGCCAAAGAAAAACAUUCUGACUUCUGUAAAAAAUACGAAUACCUUAAAACUUGCAUAGAUAAUACUAUAAACUCGACACAGGAUGCAUACAAAAAUUCUUUAAAGACUGAUUUAGUAUUUUUCACAAAAUUCAACCCUUUGGAGAAUAUAUCCAAGCAAAUUAUACUGGUGGAGAUACCUAUGUUAAAUAAGGUGCAUCCAUCAGAGUGGGACUGUGUAAAACUCAUUAUUGAUAGAGUAAAACUUCCAAAGCAAAAUGAACCGCUAACUCAACUAUUCUCUACUGAUGUGGCUAAAUUUUUAAAAACUUCUGAUCCUCUAUUGAAAAAUUAUAGUGAAGCGUUAGCAGAGUCAAACAACGAGCUGAUUCAUAUUCAAAAGAAAAUCACUCCAUGGAAAAGUAAUUUAGAUAAUCUUAACUCACAAGCAAACUCCGAUUUCGUACUAAUAGCAUCGCUGAUAAGUAAACCUCAAAAUUUAGGUGGUUUGUCCAGAACCUGCGAGGUCUUCGGCAUUCGAGACAUAACGUUUAACGAUGCCAAAGUGAUAAACGAUAAAGAAUUUAAAAGUCUGAGCAUGUCAUCUGAAGGAUGGAUUAAUGCUAUUGAAGUGAAAGAAGUGGAUUUAAGGGAAUAUGUGGGGAGCCUGCGAAGUGAAGGAUUUUAUGUGAUUGGGGCGGAGCAAACCGCGGGGAGUGAACCGUUAAAUAAAUUUCAAUUUCCACGAAAGCUGGCUUUGAUUUUGGGAAAUGAAAAAACUGGUAUUCCUGCAGAUGUAAUCCCACUACUGGACAAGUGUCUUGAGAUCCCACAGUUCGGACAAACCAGGUCGUUAAAUGUUCACGUUGCUGGAGCUACUUUUAUUUGGGAAUAUGCAAAGCAACAUUUAGUUGGGUAGCUACAAGACGUGUCAAACUGUGAAGUCACCUGAAUGGGAGUCUAGUUAGAUUAUUUGGAUAGGUAACUGACUAUAAUUCUUAGAUUUAAGUCAAAACUGUUUAAAAAAUUUAUUGUCCUAUUUUAAUUGUUUUGGUUUAAUUGAAUUAUUGAUGAGAAAAUUGUCUUCCGCCUUAAACGAAGGAGGAAUUACUAAUCUAAGCAGGUAAAUAAUAUUUAAUAUCACCUGUAAAUAAAUUGAACAAGACAAAACUUUUUGUUUGGAUUAAAUUUUUUUAAUUUA